UUUUGGGUAGUUGUCGAAGGGAGUUUGGUUUUCUCGAGGCUCUUCGGCGGAGAAACUAACGCCACCGAACGCCAAGAAAAAAGCCGAGUGAGUCUUUCUUGUUAAUCCGUCCCUCCUUUCUCUCCAUUCCCUGGUAAUAGAAUCCGCUUUUCAUUUCUGGGUCGUGUGAAAGAUCGAAGCUUUUGGUCUUGUCUCGCUGUUUCUGAGUGCAAGAUGGCAGCAUCAGCAGCAGCUUCCAUGUCAAUCGGAUCAACAAUCUCUUUUGGCAAUAAAACUGGUCACUUUCCUCAAUCAAAACCUUUUGGAGUGAAAAUCAGCUCACAGAAUUCUUUCACAAGUUUUAGCUGCCUCAAGGCAGUGAAAUCUGUGAGCUGCGAAGCAGACUCAUCCUUCUUGGGCAAGGAAACAACUUCAGCUCUAAGACAAUCUUUUGCACCGAAAGCCCAGAAACAAAACCAGAAUUUCCAAUAUCAACUCCAACCACAAGCAUCAUACAAAGUGACGGUUCUUGGUGCAGCUGGUGGGAUAGGUCAACCUCUGGCGCUUCUAGUCAAGAUGUCCCCCUUAGUUUCAGCCCUUCACCUUUACGAUAUAGCUAAUGUGAAGGGAGUUGCAGCUGAUCUUAGCCACUGUAAUACUCCUUCUCAGGUUCUGGAUUUCACAGGAGCCUCUGAACUUGCCAAUUCCCUGAAAGGUGCUAAUGUAGUAGUCAUUCCAGCUGGUGUUCCGAGAAAACCGGGCAUGACCCGUGAUGACCUGUUCAACAUAAAUGCCAACAUAGUGAAGACCCUUGUUGAGGCUGUAGCAGAUAACUGCCCUGAUGCCUUCAUCCACAUCAUCAGCAACCCGGUCAACUCAACUGUGCCGAUUGCAGCAGAAGUUCUCAAGCAGAAGGGUGUUUAUGACCCGAAAAAGCUAUUUGGCGUCACUACACUCGAUGUUGUUCGAGCAAAUACUUUUGUCGCUGAGAAGAAGAACCUGAAACUCAUUGAUGUUGAUGUCCCUGUUGUGGGUGGACACGCCGGAAUCACCAUUUUACCCUUGCUCUCGAAGGCAAAGCCUUCGGUUAGCUUCACAGAUGAAGAAGUGGAGCAGCUGACUGUUAGGAUCCAGAAUGCUGGGACUGAAGUGGUGGAGGCGAAGGCUGGCGCAGGGUCAGCCACACUUUCCAUGGCAUAUGCUGCCGCUCGAUUCGUGGAGUCUUCCCUGCGCGCUUUGGAUGGAGAUGGGGAUGUCUACGAGUGCGCCUUUGUUCAGUCGGAUCUCACCGACCUCCCAUUCUUCGCGUCCAGGGUUAAGCUUGGGAAGAAAGGGGUCGAAGCACUGAUUCCCUCUGACCUCCAGGGGCUGACGGAGUAUGAGCAGAAGGCCUUGGAAGCACUAAAGCCCGAACUAAAGGCCAGCAUUGAGAAGGGCAUCGCGUUUGUCCACAAGCAACCAGUUGCUGCUUAAGAUCGCAGAUGUGAAGCGCUUAAAUUUUCUCCCUAUACUAUAAUCAUUGGAGGUAAACUAAACUGAUAACUGCUGGUUGAGUUUUAUGUCGAUUUAUCCGGAUCUUUCGUUUUGUUGGGAACUCAGAGCGGUUUUGUUUUCUUUCAUUUUCUCGAGAAUUUCCUGAUGUCGUCGAUGCCAUGUAUUCAGGAUUUACGAGUAUGUAGGAGCUCGGAAGUUUCAGAAUAAGAACCCCGUGGUAGCAGGCCAUUUUCCAUCA